AUGUCGUUGAUCACUACAGAGAAUGAGCUCGGUACGAUGAGUACAGGCUAUGAUCUAAAUGAAACAUCAUUUUACACAGAAGAAUCCCUUCAUUCAGAACAGAAGCCAUCAAGCUCUCUGUCCAGUCACUCAUCUAGCAUCUUCAACCAGAACUUGACUACACCUGGUGUUGGAAGACUGCACCCAGUGCAUGCAAUCAAUGUAGCAGUUGUGCUGGAAGAGCUCUCCGAUCGCCUGGCAGUGCUAGGUAAAGGUUUGUCUGCUCCAAUGAUAGAUCUACGAACAGCCAGCUCUAUGCGGUUUGAUCAGGCCCACCGACCACAAGUCAACUUCAACAUGAAAGGACCCCCCUCAAUAUUGGGAGACGAGUGGGUUCUCAGACAGAAUUACGACACAGUCUUACCUCGGCGGAUCCAACAGAUGAACAGGUCCGCCCUGUAUCAAAGACUGCCAAUUGAUGUAGCAGUGAAGGACAGUGACAUACUGUAUCGGACAGAUCACGGGAAAAUGGAGAUCAGUAGAGCAUUUGCACAAGAUGUUGUAGACAGGACACUGACAGAGCUAAUACAGGAGUUUGCCUUCUUGACUCUGAUUCGUGCUGUCCGAGGUGUCCAGAGGAAACAGUUGCAAGAUUCCAAUCAAGUUAAAUCCUACUGGAAGAAUAAGCAGCAUAUAAAACGGCUCAAGGUGGAGCUCAAGAAAAUUGGUGUAGACAAUGAUGCUGAAACCAAACGGUUCAAGAUGGCCUUGUGGACUCUGCAGGAUAGCUUGCAGGAGCACAACAUCCGCAGUGAGAUGGAGAACAAGUACACUGUGCACUUGUGUCAGAUGAGACUGUCUAAGAGUAAAAAAAUUUGCACAGCUAAAGAGAGUGUUAUACAAGGCCUUCUGAUGGACAUGAAAAAGAAAUACCAGUUUGAAUAUUCGGUGCAUGCUGCCAUGGUGCACAUCAUCAACAAACUGAAGUCAGAGGCUGAGGCCAAGCUAGAGUACUGGCUGGACAAGUAUGAGGUGGAUAAGGAAAACCUGACUCGCUCCCUGGAUACACUGAAAGCAGAAAGAGCUAAAUGUUUGGAGCGGAUUGCCUGGAUCCGUGACAUGACUGCUAAUUAUAAGCCAAUUGUCAAGGAUGAUCAACGUGUGAAGAAAAUAGAAGCUGAUAGACUUGCAAGACUGGAGCUGAUGUCAAAGAAAGCAGUUCGAAUCCAGGCCUGGUGGCGGGGAACUAUGGUGCGAAAGGGUCUAGGACCAUACAGUCGCCAAAACGUGAAGAAAGAUGCAAAGAAGAAUACAAAGAAAAAGUCUGGUGGCAAAAAGAAAAAGAAGAAAUGA